CUCAAUUUCAACAUCAACGCUGCCGUUUCCUCACAAGUAUCGCUCAAUUGAGCACAACCAACCUUCAAAAUGCUUUCGCGACACGCGCCUGUUACGAAGGCUGUAUCUGCCCUCUCCUCCCGUGUCCUCCCAUCAACAGCGUGCGCUGCUCCUCGAAUCCCUCUGGCCGGUUCUUCGCAGCAAAGUCGAGGACUUGCCACUGUCCAGGACGCUCCCCCACCCAAGCGGACAUAUGGUGGAUUGAAAGAUCAGGAUAGAAUAUUCCAAAAUCUGUACGGACACCAUGGAGCAGAUCUGAAGAGUGCAAAGAAGUAUGGAGAUUGGUACAAGACGAAGGAAAUCUUACUCAAAGGCCAUGACUGGAUUAUCUCAGAGAUUAAAGCGUCUGGUCUGCGAGGACGUGGUGGAGCUGGUUUCCCAUCGGGUAUGAAAUGGUCUUUCAUGAACUUCAAGGACUGGGACAAGGACAACAAGCCGAGGUAUCUGGUCGUCAAUGCGGACGAGGGCGAGCCUGGAACCUGCAAGGACCGAGAAAUUAUGCGAAAGGACCCCCAUAAGCUCGUCGAAGGAUGUCUGGUUGCAGGUCGAGCAAUGAACUGCACAGCUGCAUAUAUCUACAUCCGUGGAGAAUUCUAUCACGAAGCGACUGUUCUGCAACGAGCUAUCCAGGAAGCAUACAAGGACGGGUUGAUUGGAAAGAAUGCUUGCGGUAGUGGCUACGACUUCGAUGUGUAUAUCCACCGAGGAAUGGGUGCAUACGUCUGUGGUGAAGAGACAUCACUAAUUGAGUCUCUGGAAGGCAAGCCUGGCAAGCCUCGUCUAAAGCCUCCGUUCCCAGCUGCUGUCGGUCUCUUUGGAUGUCCAUCUACGGUGGCAAAUGUCGAGACUAUUGCUGUAGCACCAACGAUCUGCAGACGAGGAGCAAACUGGUUCGCAGGUUUUGGUCGUGAGAGAAAUGCCGGAACUAAGCUCUUCUGUAUCUCCGGACACGUCAACAACCCUUGCACGGUUGAAGAGGAGAUGAGCAUUCCUCUCCGAGAGCUCAUUGACAAGCAUUGCGGUGGUGUCCGUGGCGGUUGGGACAACUUGAAGGCUAUCAUUCCUGGAGGAUCGUCGACACCGAUUUUGCCAAAAGCCGUCUGCGAUGAGCAGCUCAUGGACUUCGAUGCUUUGAAGGACAGUCAGUCAGGUCUUGGUACUGCGGCUGUCAUUGUGAUGGACAAGAGCACAGAUGUUGUUCGUGCCAUCUCAAGACUUAGUCACUUCUACAGACACGAAUCUUGUGGCCAAUGCACACCAUGCAGAGAGGGUAGCAAGUGGACUGAACAGAUUAUGAAGAGAUUCGAGAAGGGACAAGGACGGGAGCGAGAGAUUGAUAUGCUUCAAGAGUUGACAAAGCAGGUUGAGGGCCACACUAUCUGCGCUCUCGGCGAGGCUUUUGCUUGGCCCAUCCAGGGUCUGAUCAGACAUUUUAGACCAGAAUUAGAGGCACGGAUGAAGGACUAUGCUGAGAAGAGCGGAGGAGCAGCUUUGGCUGGUGGCUGGGAUCAUAAUGCACUUCAGCAGGGGAAGUUAGUGGCACCGGGACAAUAGAUUGGGGAUAGUAAAAGAUUGUGUAUAAGAUGCCUCUUGUAUUUAUUGCUCUUAGGCACAGGUUUCUUUCAUGAGCAAUGGUAUCAGACGCAAAAUUACUCGUUUGUGA